AUGGAGCCAGAGUCUCUCUACAACCUGCUGCAGCCCUCAAAGGAGGAGCUCCCCCAGGGAGAAAAGAGGAAAUACUUGCCACCCACCUCCCGGAAGGACCCCAAGUUUGAAGAACUGCAAAAGGUGCUGGUGGAGUGGGUCAAUGCCACGCUCCUGCCCGAGCACAUCGUGGUCCGCAGCCUGGAGGAGGACAUGUUCGACGGCCUCAUCCUGCACCAUCUCUUCCAGAAGCUGACGUCAGUUAAGCUAGAAGUGGAGGAGAUUGCCUUGACGGCUGCCAGCCAGAGGCGCAAGCUUGCGGUGGUCCUGGAGGCCACGAACCAGAGCCUGCAGGUGGAGGAGCGCCAGGCCCCAUGGAGUGUGGAGGCCAUCUUUAGCAGGGACCUCCUGGCCACCCUGCACCUCCUCGUGGCCCUGGUCAAGCGCUUCCAGCCCAGCUUGCGUCUCCCAACCAAUGUCCAUGUGGAGGUCAUCACCAUCGAGAACGCCAAGAGUGGCAUGAAAUCAGAGAAACUGGUGGAACAGUUCACCGGAUGCGGUUCCCGCAUGUGGCUGGCAAGCGGGUGCCGGCUGUUGUUUGCAGACGGGGUCAUCUUACUCCUGCUGAUCGGACAGCUGCAGGGCUUCUUUCUGCACCUGAAGGAAUUCUACCUGACGCCCAGUUCUCCUGCGGAAAUGGUACACAAUGUCACCCUGGCCCUAGAGCUGCUGAAGGACGAAGGCCUGCUCACCUACCCUGUGAACCCUGAAGACAUCGUGAACAAGGACACCAAGAGCACCCUGCGUGUGCUCUACGGCCUAUUUCACAGGCACAGGCUGGCGGAGAGUGCGGACGGACUGCCCCGAGGAGCCCCGAGCUAA